CUAUUUUCAAUUCUUCUUUUUGUAUACGUCUGCAUUUGUUUAUUUUUUAUAUUUAUCCGCAUAUACAACGCGCAAAUUGUAGCUGACGAAAAAUCUCAGUUAUAUUAUUUUAGCACACGCAAUCUUUAUUGCGACAAAAGGGGCGACACUGUUUGCGUUUUUAAUUGUUACCGCACCCGACCACGCAAAUUUCAGACUUGAAUGUCGGACGAUUCUGAUUUGUUAUCUUAUUUGAACGCUCACAAAAUAUUACACCAUCGACGUUUUGGUGGUAGAAUGUUUGUCUCAGAAAUCGAUUAAAAGAAAAUAGUUGCGAGACACUCUGUACGUAUACAUGAAAAAAUAUAACAAUUUUGGAAAUUUAUUAUGAAACUAUUUUGAAACUAUUCGGGAUCGAGAUUCCGAUCGGAAUAAUUUCGAUACGAUUGUCGAUUUUUCUUUUCGUUUGAAAGGAAGGACGACAAAAGUCGGAAUCCACAGUUCAGAGUGAAAUCGAUUCCAAGAGGUUUCAUAAUAGCUACCCAGAGUAACAUUUUCUAAUUUGCGGAAUUCUAUUUUUGAGAUCUACAAGUUUUCUACUUUUAGCGAGCUUGCCUUUAAUUUCGUAAAUAGCACAUUCGUGGUAUAAUCUAAUAUUUCUUGAGAACAAAUAAUUUUAACGCACGUCAAAUUUGCGUGCAAAUGAAUACAAAUGUUUGUUAAUGCAAUGAAAAAAAAAAACGGGUUGGCGGGGCUUUUAGCGUGCAUUCGUUAAUGGCAAUAGUCAUUAUGCCAAUGGUAUUGUUUGUAGACGCGACAGUAUACCUGGAGAUCGUCACAAGUGUCGGGUCGGAUUAUUUUCAAUGAAUAUUCGAGUUAUUAAUUCUUAAUAAUUGUUCAAACGGAUAAUUACUUGCAUCAAACAGAAAACCAAUCGAGUUUUUUUAAGGUGAAGAUGCAGACAGAGUGGAGAUAAGAUAUAUUACACAAUAAAUUAUAUUCACAUAUUUCUCAAGCAAUCAAUUGAUAUUACAAACACGUGAUUGUGGACGCGCGUAUCUAUGACACACUACGCAAGUGACUCGCAAUCCAUUUCAUCGUUGAAUCGAACAAAAACUUCUGGUAUUUUGAAACCAGACAAGAUGUCACGCUCUUUUAAAGCAACAUCUUCGUCAUUGGCUCUUGUGGGUCCGUCGUCGUCCUCAUCGCAGCCGCAGCCAUCGGCUGGUCGACAGUCGGUUACGUUUGCUAUUGUUGAAAGUUCACGCAACGAAGACUCCGAGAAAAAGUUCGAAUUGCAAACUGUCGGAACCGAACUCGCGAGAUCUCGCAACGACAUGCAUCGCAUUUCUGUUGCCGCGAUAUCCAAGCGAAUGGAUCCAGCUGCGGUGUCGACGGAAAAAACGACUUCGGCGGACGGCGAAGGAAACGGCAGCGAGGAUGAUUAUUCGGCGUCGGUUUGUGCGAUUAUGCAACGACGGAAUACGAUACGACGGCAAAGCCGACGAAAGCGACGCCCGUCGUCGCCGUUUAACGUCGACGUCGACAAUGCGGUUCGCCGUCGAUCUUCGGCCUACACCACGAGCUCGGGAGACACGAUAAUUUCGAUGGAGGAGAGCGGCAAUCAGGAGCAGAUUUUCGAGAAUCUCAAAUUGCACAAGGAGGUUCUGAGCGGCGUGAAGCAACAACCCUGGUCUCUUCGGCGUAAGAUGAAGCUCGUGCGCCAGGCCAAGUCUUACGUUAGACGACACGAGGGCGCAUUGCAGGAAAGACUCGCUCAGAGUCACAGCACCAAAGACGUCAUAGCGCGCGUCACGAUCUUCGCGACGAAAAAAUGGCAGUACUUCCGACGCGAGCUGAUCAAUCUACGGACGUGGCUAAUUCCCUGGGAGAUUCGUAUUAUGGAAAUAGAAUCUCACUUCGGAUCCGCCGUUGCGUCCUACUUCAUUUUUCUCCGUUGGCUUUUCUGGAUCAACUUCGUUAUCGCGGCCACGCUUGCGACGUUCGUGACAAUACCCGAAAUAUUGACCGCAAACGCGACGCUAGCCGGCGAGAGAAAACACGUGCCGGAGGAGGAAGCGAUUAAAUCGAAGCACUUGUUAACUUUGUGGGAAUUUGAGGGAGUGCUAAAGUACUCCGCGUUCUUUUACGGAUGGUACACCAAUCAGGAUUCGAACAGAAAUUACAGACUACCAUUGGCGUAUUUCGUUACGAACCUAGUUGUCUACACGUACAGCUUCGUCGCGAUCCUGCGCAAAAUGGCGGAAAAUUCGCGAUUGAGCAAAUUGACCGAGAAGGAAGAGGAAUAUAUAUUUUCGUGGAAACUUUUCACAGGAUGGGAUUUUAUGAUCGGCAAUCCGGAAACUUCGCACAAUCGUACGGCCAGCAUCGUGGUCGGUUUCAAAGAGGCUCUGCUGGAGGAAGCGGAGAAACAGAAAGACAAAAGAAAUUGGAAAAUCAUAUCCAUGAGAAUAUUCGUGAACGUGGCGGUGUUGUCGUUACUCGCUUUGUCGGCAUACGCCGUGAUCAAAGUUGUCGAGCGAAGUAUCAUCGACUCGCGCAACUGGUGGCGACAAAAUGAGAUCACGAUUGUGAUGUCGCUGAUCACGUAUCUAUUUCCGAUAUUGUUCGAGAUUCUCGGUUUUCUUGAAAGUUAUCAUCCGAGAAAGCAGCUUCGAAUACAACUGGCACGAAUAAUGGUCUUGAACUUGCUGAAUCUCUACUCGCUGAUAUUCGCGUUGUUCCAUAAAAUAGGCACCAUGAAACACGAUCUUUACGGCUAUUUAAAACCAACAAGCAAAAAUUGCACGUAUAAAAACAUCCCGUGCGGUAACAAGCUAACGCAACGGAUCGCGAAAAUGGCAUCUUUGAGUCUUUUGGCGAGCAACGUCACCCACUUUCACGCUAAAAGGGAAAUCUCAGAAUCAACUCUGCCAUAUGUCGGACAGCAAGUUUUCCUCAAUCCUUUGUUUACCGUCGACGCGCUGUACGACGAUUUCAACGACACUUACGAUUAUCCCGACACUUAUUACGAUAUUACGAAUUAUGAUUACGGAACUUCGGACAAUGGCGACGAAUUGUACACCGCAUUUUCUUACAAAGAUAUUCCAACUACGGAUAGCAAUCUGACGCAUUAUGACGCAAGCUCAACUGUAGUUGCCAAGUUUUUAACUAACUCAACAACUGCCGAAAAUUUGUAUACGAGUUCUAUUACCUCGUCCCAGAGCGAAACCGCGCCAUCGACAAUAAUCGAGCAGAAUGCGACGGAAGAAUCAUCGGAAAUCACUGACGUCGAUGUCUUUAGCAAAUCGCCAACAAUUUCGCUACCGUCAGACAAUAAGAUAUCCGGUAGAAAAGUUAGCGACGCAGCUACAACGAUUACAACGUACAUCUCGGAAAGUAGCGUUUCUACUUUACGAUCGAACGAAGACGCAAAUUCGCCUUCGGAAGAAGAGCGCGUGAUAAUAUGUCUCGAAAAAAUAUGCACCACCGCGCAAACGAAUUUAGCCAAGUCCUUAGAUCAGUUGGAUCCGAAGACUCGUAAAAAAUUACGUCGAUUAUGCUGGGAAACUAUGUUUGGUCAAGAACUCGCCAAGCUCACCGUCAUGGACUUGAUACUCACUAUACUGGCCACCCUCAUCAUGGAUUUCUUUCGCGCCGUUCUCGUGCGUUUUAUGAACAACUGUUGGUGUUGGGAUCUGGAGAAACAAUUUCCGCAAUACGGUGACUUCAAGAUCGCCGAGAAUAUUUUACACCUGGUGAACAAUCAAGGCAUGGUUUGGAUGGGAAUGUUUUUCAGUCCAGGUCUAACGGUGUUAAAUCUCGUCAAACUUGGCAUUCUGAUGUAUCUACGUUCCUGGGCCGUUCUUACGUGUAACGUACCGCACGAGGUGGUGUUCAGAGCCUCCAGAUCUAACAAUUUUUACUUCGCGCUUUUGUUGACUAUGCUGUUUUUGUGCGUGUUACCGGUUGGCUACGCUAUCGUCUGGGUCGAACCUUCGUCGCAUUGCGGCCCGUUCUCCGGAUAUCCCAAGAUUUAUAACUUAGCGACGCAAAGUUUGAUAAGCACGCUCCCGAAACCGAUUCAACGAUGUCUCGAUUAUGUCGCAUCGCCCGGUAUAAUAAUACCGCUGAUAGUUUUGAUGGCGUUAAUUAUUUAUUACAUGGCCUCUCUCGCUGGAUCUUUGCGAGAAGCGAAUAACGACUUAAAGAUGCAACUGCGUCACGAACGUACGGAAGAACGUCGCAAAUUAUUUAGAAUAGCAGGCAAACGACAGAACGUGACGGACACUCCGUUGUCGAGAUGGAAAAAGAUCCUACCGGCGUUGCCGCAAACCAAAACAGGAAUAUCUCGAAAUUCGGAAGUUGCUGAAAAAAAUAACGUACAGACGGAAAGCUCGGGUAGCGAUGCGAUAGAGAGGAAACAGUUGGCGAACGAUGGGAAGUCGUUACGUCACAAUCAGACGUCUCGUUGUAACGAAGAGAAACAAAACGAACGAGAAGAUAAUUCGAAAUUAAACGAUACAAUUUUCAGCAAAACAAUCAGGCCAGAUAAUUUCGUCGGUUGUUCAUGGGAUUCGCAAUUGAGCGAACAAACGGUGAUAUCGGAAAUUGAGGAGAACGAUAAAAGAGGUGAAGUAACGAGCGACAUUCGCGAAUCCGAAUUGAGCAAUAUUUCCGAAAAUCACGAUCAACAAACAACGUAA